ACCAGCUGAAACCUGCUGCCAAACCAAAAGCCUAAUUUUAAUCCUUAGUGAAGAAACAGAACAAGUGAGACUGGAGCCUCCAAAUCCUAAUCAACCUCCCAUCCAGUUAAUGGACAUUUGGGAGGUUCAUGUGGAUGAAAGUACAGAUCGUAAAUUCUACAUUAACACGAUUACAAAAGAGAAGACUUGGAAACCACCAAGGCUCUUUCUGGGAAUGCGAGACAUGAAGGAUGGACCUACAACUCAACCAAAAGCAAAUGUCCAGCCAGCAUCCACCACUGAAUCUCUUCCCUCUUCCCAGUUCGGUCCUGCUGUAGUGCAGCGGAGAUUGAAGAGUGGGGCUGCUAACUGUGACCGUCUCAGCCAAACAAAGUCAAUGGUUCUCACUGAUUCCAGCCCACUCAAGUUGCCGAUGUCCCGUCAUAGGCGAAACCACUCUCAACACAAUCUUACAGAAAUUACUGGGAUGGUGGAUCAGUCUUGUUUACAACCACUGGAGAAAAAUGGCUUCCUCAAUAAAGCAAAGAUUACAGAGGGAGGCAAAAAACUAAGGAAAAACUGGACCAGUUCUUGGGUUUGCCUCGAGGGAAACAAAAUUGAAUUCUACAAAGAACGCAAACAACAAACUUUAGCCAGUUUGAAAACAGGCUGUAAACCCGAGAAUGUGGACCUGUGUGGCGCUCAGAUUGAUUGGGCAAAAGACAAAUCCAGCAGAAAGAAUGUGCUUCAGCUCACAACAAUCUCAGGGAAUGAAUUUCUUCUCCAUUCGGAUGAUGAUAGUAUACAUGAUUGGUACCAGGCCAUCAGACAUGUGAUUGAUAAAUUGAAGGGAACCUCCACAUCGGCAAUCAGCAUCUGGAAAAGCUCAAGCAGUGAAGAACUGAACAGGAGUGAGAGGGACAACAACAGCAGGUCAAAUCCAAAAGAACCAAAGCCAGAACACAGAAAAUCAUUAAUACUACGACUGAACCACAGCUCAUCAGACACCUCUGAGAAGAAAAGAGUUAAGAGCAGACUAAAAAAAUUUAUAUCAAGGCGACCUUCAUUGAAAACCUUACAAGAGAAAGGACUGAUUAAAGAUCAAGUAUUCGGCUGCCAUUUGGCUACUCUGUGCAGGCGCGAAGGAACCACAGUUCCAAGAUUUGUGACGCUUUGCAUCGAAGCUGUGGAAAAAAGAGGUUUGGAUGCUGAUGGCAUUUACAGAGUAAGCGGCAAUCUGGCUACGAUACAGAAAUUACGAUUUGUAGUGGACCAUGAAGAGAAGCUGAAUUUGGAUGACAGCCAGUGGGAGGACAUCCACGUCGUCACCGGAGCACUAAAGAUGUUUUUCAGAGAGCUGCCUGAGCCACUUUUUCCAUACAGUUUUUUUGAUCAAUUUGUAGAUGCCAUAAAAAAUCAGAAUUAUAGCCAACGUGUUCAGUGUGUGAAGAGACUGGUGAAGAAACUUCCUAAACCUAACCAUGAUACCUUGAGCGUUCUCGUUAAACAUUUACAAAAGAUUAUAGCAAAAGCAUUGGUGAAUCUCAUGUCAUCGCAGAGUUUAGGCAUCGUAUUUGGACCAACUCUUAUGUGGCCUGAGAAGGAAACCUCAAACAUCGCAGUGUUCAUGGUAUACCAGAACCAAAUAAUUGAUCUGAUACUCUCGGAGCAUACUGAAAUUUUCGACCCUGAGGGGAAGUGAAGAUGCCUGUUGUACAGUGGGUUAAUGGUGUCCUCAGAUGACUUGCGUUUAGUGAAUAUUUGGAUGAGACUGUGUGUGUGUGGCUCUGCUACUUGCACAAGGUCAUUACCACAGUCUUUGCUUACUUUUUGUAUUCUCCCUCACUGUGUUUUUAUUCAUAUCAAUCCACAUAGGUAACAUUUGCCUGAGGCUAGAUUAUUAUUAUUCCAUUUUAUAAUCACUCAUUGAUCAUUUAAGUGAUCCCCAAAUCGAGGGACAGCCGAUGACUUAAUUCAAAAUUACUUUCCUAAACAAAACCAAUUUUGACAAAACAGCCUCAAUCUUCAUGGAGUCACUGAAAUCUAAUAAAGUUUUUUUUGUACCUGUUGGUCAGCCAGAAUACAGUCAAAAUCACAGCUGCAUGACCAAACAAUGAUAAAGGACAACGAAACUUGAAUUUACUAGAUAUUAGUCAUUAAAAUAUAUUAAAUCUGUUUUGAAGGGCAAGAUGUUUUACAAUUACACAACGUUAAUGGAACAGUCCAGUGAAUACUUCAUUUCAAUUAUAUCUGCAAAAUUUUGCUCAACGUUUUUUUUUUAAUUAAACAUAGUUCGUUAAGUCAUUUUAGUUCUCCAUCCAUAACUUCCACCACCCCCCACCCCCCAUUUAGUACUGAGCUAGGCAUUUGCUAAAAAUUACAUUUUUCCUUUUUUUAGAAACAUGUUGGCUUCUCAUUAAACUGGCCUUUUGGAUUUUUCAUGAGAUCUAAAAUGCAAAAGAGCUGCUCACUGGAUUGAUGUUAGGUUGCAAACCUUUACAACACAUCCAAAACUCUGCAGCCCAUAUACUAUCAUGCACCAAGUUGCACUUGUCCAUCAUUCCUGUCCGCACUGAUCUACAUUGGCCUCUGGUACCCAUAAGAUCUGGAAUAUAAAACAGCUCCAUAGCCUCAUUCUAUUUUCUUAAAAUAUACUUAGCUGAAUGUGAGGUCAGAAUGCUUUUCCCCUUAUUCCCAUAAUAAACGAAUGAGGGAGCUGCCACUCAGGCCAGCAUUCUCCUUAUCCGCCCCAGACCCCCUUUCCUAAACCAUUCAGGAGAAAAGUUAGCAAACACUGCUUCAGACAACUGGUGGUAAAAGUAUGGAACAUUCUCCUUCUAAAAAUAGUAGAUGCUAACUCAGUUCAUAAUUUUAAAUCUGAGAUCGAUAGAUUUUUUUCUAGUGGAGGGUAUAAAAGCAUAUGGAGGCAAGGCAUGUUAGAAUACAGAUCAGCCGUGAAAGAUGGAACAGAUAUGAGGCACUAAAUAACCGUACUCAUGGUCUCAUGAUCCCCUUCUCCCAUGGCUACUGAUCCCAACAGCGCCUCCCCACCCCCACCCCCCCCAAACGCCCGCCUCAGUUGUUGAUCCCUCACCCGCAAGACCUCAGCUAUUGCUAUCUUGCUACCCGCUUCUUCACUUAUCUAAUGGUCAGUCCUAUCAUGGCAGUGGCCUAGUCUUCAAACAUGCUUCACUUGGUGAGCUGCCUCUCAUCCUCCCUACUUCAUUCACUCCAUGGAAAUGAGGUUCAAAGUCCAAAAUCAAGGGUGCAACAUGGGAUUGUCAUAUUUUUAGGCCCAAGGAUGCAUUGACAGAAGAAAUGACAGGGUAAGCUUGUCUAUUAUAUCCCAAAGGUUAAAUAGCCCAUCAACACUCACUGCCUAUGGUUAGAUAUGAAGAAUUCGCCACUUGAUGUAGUGCCACAGGUGCCACAAGGACCAAUUUGACUAUACUUGUAUUUAUCUAAUUAACUUAAUUUUUUGACUUGCAUAAAUUAAUUAGGUAUAUUUUUCCCCAUAUUCUGAAAUACAACUGCAUUGAGACAUUCUCUGGUCUUAUGGUUACACACUCUUUGAGUAAUGAAAGUAGCCUCAUAAACAGAAAAUAUACAAUAUAUUACCUUCUGAAAUUUGAUUUUUCAUGUGCUAUUUUGUGUCUUACCCUUGUCAAGUUGUCUUUUCACUUUAGCAAACAUUCAGCUGGUACAAGGUUUGUCUCAUGCCACAAAGUUUGCUUUGUGUCAGACAAAAUUCCAGCUGUUUCCCCUCAUUGAGAUGAGAAGUUGCUUCCUGCCUACCAAUUUGACUUUGAACUGAUAUCACUUUUUACACAUGGUCGGCGGAUUCAAGAGUGUAAGGUGAUAUGCUCUAAUUCCCAGCCCAUGCUGAUGUUCUUGAAAAUAAACCACAUGUGAUAGGGUGUGAACUAAGUUUUGCAUUAACAUCUAGUUCCCAUGUAUCAUUUCCAAUUUAUUAUUAUGCCUAAUAGAGUUGACAAAGAGCUCAAUGAGGUCUGCAUAACAGCUGAAAGGGCAUUGUCAGCAGGAAUUUAUAGCUGUCAAGACCAGAGUUCUCAUAAGCUGGUAGAACAGAAGUACAAGUCUUUGGAACUGCAAUAAGUUUAUUUUAUUUCCAAACUUUUGCUGUGAAGAGGUGCUGAAUUAAGAGGCAGGUAACUAAUUGACAGGCAAUGGGAAAUUAGAAUCCACUAGCUUCUCUUUGAGUUUCCAAGCUGCCAGUAAACAUUGGAAUGAAACUAGGAAUGUACCUUGAUGCGCAAUGCCCAACUGCCAGCCUUCUCACCUGGUAAGAGGAUACUGAGGCUAGAUUAUUACUGCAAGUACUAAGAAUAAAAAUAUACCCUUAUAAACAUUAUUUUGAAAAGCAUACACCAGGCUUGAAUUCAUCUGUAAGUCACCAAUACCCAGGAACCUAUUGCAAAAUCAAUCAUGGCCAAUAUUGGUGGUCACGUUCCUCAGUACCUCUGAAUUACAUUCAUUUUUUAAUGUGUUUUUCAACACAGAAAAUACCCAUGUCAUUUUAGAAUAAAAAUCUGGUUGCCAUACACCCCCACAGCUUUCUGAGCUUUCAAAUCAUCAAGUUGAUUUGGCAAUUCUGGUUGCAUCAUGCUUGGCACAAAAGAUGUGUUGUUCAGUAUUUGUCUUUUUUCUGGAAAAAUCAGACUUAGGAUAACAUAAAAAACUGUAUAGCGCAUUUUUUCUUUAUGAACCAGGUGUUCAGAUGGACCAGUUUCAGCCAUAUUUUCAUUUGUACAUGUAGAGAUGGGAACUCAGUGAGGGCAAGUAUUAAUGAGAUUCCAGGUAUAUCUCCAAUGACUCUUCAGCACUGAUUGUGCACUGUUCAGUCAAACUGACUGCAGAAAAGAUUUGGGAUUUUUAAUAAAUUAUCAUUAAACUUGAUUUUAUAAGGGACAGCUACGAGAAGGGAUGCAGCAUUACUGGUUUGAUUUACUAGAUUGGGCCUUGUGUGGUCCAAUUCAAUUUUAAUGUUCAAUGACAAAUAGGAACAAAGGCUUUUUACAUAAAAUGUUUGCUCUAGAGUCACCAAAAGGUGCCUUUCUUAUUUUAGCUGACCUUGGACUUUGUGUAACAAUCACAAAUAAAAUAUACAUUUGCUUCACAGACAUUUGCUAUCUUGCAAUCUUGAAUGACCCCUUAUUCACCUAUGUUUUGUAUUUCAAUGGUAAAACUGAAAUGUAUAACUAUCAAACCAGUUUUGCUAUCCUAGAGAAUAAUGACAGUCCAAGCUUUGCCAUGUUUCUCCAACAUAUUAUCUCAGUUUUGAAAGCAAAAAUAAAUGCAUAACUGCUUAAGCCAUUUGCAAAAUCUGUUAUCGAAUCUGAUUUUUUUGUUUGUGUUACUUUUAAAAGGUAAGAUUUGACUUGGGUCAAAUCCUACCUAGAUGGUGAAAUUUGAAUUCAAUAAAAAUCUGGAAUUAAAA